UUUUCACUUCUUUUUUACCGCAAUAUCAAUACGAUGCACAUACUUGAAGAACUACCACCAGAGUUGAUGUUGAACAUCACAUCGUCUAUAUCCUGUAGGGAUUUGUCUUCCUUACGUCUUGUAUCGAAAACAAUGCGUACCUUUUGUGAUCACCCUAUGAACUGGAAGUCGAUUCACUUGGAUCCGGAAUUUGAAAACCCAAACUCUCUGUGGCGACUAGCUAAUUUGAAAUCUAUCAUAUCUCCUCAUGUUUCCCACAUACAGUCGAUUCACAUACGCGGCGUUAGAGACAAUAUCAUAUACUACAUAUUAUCUCAAUGCAAAAACUUGCAACAUCUUACGAUUUGUGGAUGGACAACGUUAUCCGAUCAUUGCCUUCGUCUCCAGCCUGCUCAAUCACUGAAGAUCAAGACUUUGGAACUUAUCGGAUCCCCACAGCAAACUAACUAUAUUUCAGUAGAUGCAUAUACUUUGGGAAAACUGAUGAUUCAAUCACCUAACAUGACUAAUCUUGUAUUUGGCUGUGAAAUUCAUAUACACGCUGAAACUUUCAUCACGGAACUGGAGAAAGCUGCCAGUACAAAUGCAUCCGAAGCCCAGCUUCAGUCCUUUCAGCUUGCUACACGUAGAACGUGGCUUAAGGAACAUGUAAUACGUUUAAUCAACUUAUAUCCAACCAUUCAAAAAAUAUAUUUAUUGCCUGCCGCUGCCAUUGGGUUUGAUCUAAAAAAAGGGCAAGAUAUUUUUGACCCAUUGAUAUGCCAAACACUUGAAGAGGUUAUACCAGUGACGUAUUGCCAGCGUCCUCUCAUCUCUACAGAAGACAUGAUUUUGUAUAAUAACAAUGUCUUGACGAUUUAACCUGAACAGAUAAUAAAUAAACAAAAGAGAACAUUUAUAAUUCUCAAUAGAAACUUCAUAAAA